AUGGUAGAGUGCAACCUGACCAAGUAUUCUGUGGUAGUAAAGUUACAACUCUGGAGAGAUGCUCAAGGAAGCUUUGUGAAUUCCACUAAGUAUGCUCGCGUCAUCGGAGGUCUGAGGUAUUUGACUCAUACUCGUCCAAACCUUACAUAUGUUGUUGGAAUGUCAAGAGACAUCAACAUUCUCCGCUAUGUGAAUCGAACAACAUACUUCGGGCUGAAGUAUCAAAGAGGGCGAGGUGUUGAAGAACUAGUCGAUUUUACCGAUAGUGAUUUAGCUGGAGAUAUUGACGAUAGAAAAAGCAUCAAAGGAAUGACGUUUUAUCUCAACGAAAAUUUGAUCUCUUGGCAAUCUCAGAAGCAGCGAACUAUGGCACUAUCUUUCUGUGAGACCGAGUUCAUGGCAGCAACUGCGGCAUCGUGUCAGGCAUUGUGGCUAAGAAAUUUGUUGAGUGAAGUGAUUAGAACUGAACUAAAGCCGAUGACUCUUGAUGUCGAAAACAAAUUUACAAUUGCAUUGAUGAAGAAUCUGGUUCACGUCAAUCAAGAGAAAAGAGACAAGCUUGAUGCUAAGGCUAUGAAGUGCUACUUCAUAGGCUAUGACUCAGACUUGUUCGGGUAUAGGUUUUAG